AUGGCACCACUAUCAAGACUCGCAGUGCUAAUCGCCGCAAUUAUUUCAUGCUCGAUCCGUGGCUGUGCCGCGGGCCUGAAUCAACAAUACAUGGGAGGCGACCAGCUCCCUUUUGAAUUCCGCGCCGCAACUAUCGACGACAUUGAUGACAUGGUCACCGUGUUUAUCGAAGCCUUUUCCGUGUCGCCCGCGUGGCAAUAUAUUCACCAAUUUGAAGAUGCGUAUCCCGGCUACACGUGGCAUUGCACUCGUGACAGCUGGAGAGACAGUUAUGAGAAGAGCGGCUCCAAUGCCACCUUUAGGGUGAUUUCAGUGCCCGACGAGACGGCCGCGUCGGGCUCGCGUGUAGUAUCUUUCUCCAUCUGGGAAUUCAACAAGACAGGCGGCAGCGACGCAAACCGGCAGUCUAUCUGGUCCAUGGGUAAUCGCACACCCAGCUGGGCCAACUGCUCGGCGCAUCUGGAUGUGAACAUGACCCGGGUCGAAGAUUAUGUCAAGCAGGGCGCCGAGGCAGAGGACAAGUACCUCAACGACGUGUAUGAUUGCCAAGACUACUUGGCCCUUUUGGCAACGCACCCCAAAUGGGAUGGCAAUGGCUUUGCGGCAGUCCAUCUCCAAUGGGGCAUGGCCUUGGCUGACAAGACGGCGAUUCCCACGACUCUACUUGCUACACCGGCUGGGUAUCCGCUAUACAAGUCAUUGGGGUUCAAAGACAUAUAUAAUCAGUCCAUCAAUAGGUUGGACGGGAAAGGGACUUUUUGGCAUGAGAUCAUGGUGCAUUUCCCAGAGGAGGGCUCCUGA